UCUCCGUGUCUAUUGCUAGAAAAUUUAGCUAAAUCCUGAUUAUUCAAUUUGGGAAUCGAAAUUUAAUUGCUUAGGAAUCGAAAUCAAGAUAUGCAAUCGUUACAUUAAGAAGAAACACUCUAGUUUCUCCGGUGUGUAUUGCAAUCAAAAUGCCUAUGAAGAAGAAGAGCAGAAGCUCUUCCUUGAAGAAGCCAUCACAAGGAGCUGCGAUGCAACAAGCAGCCAAGCGAGUUCCAAGACCUGCUAAAUUUGGGAAAGAGAUUGAAGACAUCUUUGGUGAGAGAAUUAAGUUGAAGCCUAAGGUCCAAACACCCGAGAGGGCCGAGACCAAUGAAGAUAUUGCAAAGAAGAAGAGGAGGAGGAACAGGAUGGAGCUUAAUAACAACCCUGCAAGUGAACCCAAGAGUGAGAAAAGGACGAGGACCGAGCUUGAUGACAACCCGGGAAGCGAACCCAGGAGGCAGACAAGGACGAGGACCGAGCUUGAUGACAACCCGGGAAGCGAAUCCAGGAUGAAAAUAGACGGGCUCAAAAUCUUCAAGGAAGAUGAAAUUGGUUUCAACAAGGCCAAUUCUGGUGGUACUCGUUUAUGUCCCUUUGACUGUAAUUGUUGCUUCUAGAUCUACUUAAACCAGUUUAAAGCUUUGUUUUAUUGGUGCCAAAGUUGAUUAAACUCGGUCUUGGUAUUAGUGUAUGAAUGAUCUCAGUUAGCCAGAUUUGUUGUUGUUUUCGUUGAAUGAUGAGAAAAAAAUACAUUUUACUUUCUAUCCAAUUUU